AACAUACCAGACUUUCCAUAGAAACUGCAUUUCUACCUGGAAAGGACCCAUUUUGCUUGAACGCCAUGUCCUAUUCCAGAAAGUCUCAGGGCUAUAGCUCAAUGUCUUAUUCUGGUGGUGCUGGUGGCAUUGGUCAGUGUGGCGUAGGAGGUGGUGGUGGUGGCUUUGGUGGGGGAUCUGGGUUUGGUGGUGGUUCUGGAGGUGGUUAUGCAGGUGGCUUUGGUGGUGGUGCUGGAUACGGUGGGGGUGCUGGAUUCGGUGGUGGUGCUGGUGGAGGCUAUGGAGGUGGUGCUGGCGGAGGCUACGGAGGUGGUGCUGGUGGAGGCUAUGGAGGUGGUGCUGGUGGAGGCUAUGGUGAUGGUGGUGCUGGCUUUGGAGGCUAUGGUGGUGGUGGUGCUGGCCUUGGAGGCUAUGGUGGUGGUGCUGGCUUUGGAGGUGGAGGAGGUGAUAGCCUUUUAUCUGGCAAUGAGAAGCAAGCAAUGCAGAAUCUCAAUGACCGAUUGGCCAACUAUCUGGACAAAGUCCGUGCAUUGGAGGAGGCAAAUGCUGAGCUUGAACGUAAAAUUAAGGAAUGGUAUGAAAAGCAACGUCCAGGAAGUCAAACCGGAGAACCAGGACCGGACUACAGCAAAUAUUAUAAGGAAAUUGAUGACCUGAAAGCAAAGAUUCUAGCUGCAACCAUUGAAAACGCCAGCAUCAUUUUGCAGAUUGACAAUGCCAGGCUCGCUGCUGAUGACUUCAAACUUAAAUAUGAGAAUGAGCUAAGCCUUCGCCAAUCUGUAGAAGCUGAUACUAACGGUCUUCGCAGAGUAUUGGAUGACCUCACUAUGACCAAAUCUGACCUAGAAUCUCAGUUGGAAAGUCUUACAGAGGAACUAGCUUAUCUCAAGAAGAACCAUGAAGAGGAAAUUAAAGGUUCACAAGAAACGUCAGUGGGUCAAGUUACUGUUGAAAUGAACGCAACUCCUGGCAUUGAUCUGACUAAAAUUCUAAAUGACAUGAGAGCUCAGUACGAAGCCCUGGCUGAGCAGAACCGCAAGGAAGCCGAAAAUACGUUCAACCAAAUGAGUGCUGACUUAAAAAAACAAAUAAGCACAGAUGCGGGGCAGGUUCAGUCCAGUAAGAGUGAGUUGUCAGAACUAAAGAGAUCGCUUCAGUCCUUGGAGAUCGAACUCCAGUCACAGCUUGCCAAGAAAAAAGGACUGGAGGACACACUCGCAGAAACGGAAGGUCGAUACUGUCAACAGCUGUCGCAGUUACAAAUAACGAUUUCUGGUAUAGAGGAGCAAAUAUCCGGGCUUCGUGCUGAUUUGGAAUGUCAGUGCUCAGAAUACGAACAGCUCCUGGACGCCAAGACCAAGCUGGAGGCAGAAAUUCAGAAAUACCGUCAACUCCUAGAUGGUGAAAGUGGAAUCGGCCAAGGCAGUGGUCAAGGCAGUGGUCAAGGCAGCAGUCGGAGUGGUCAGAGCGGAUCUAGUUCUGGAUCCCGCAAAGAUCCACAGACAUUCACAAGAACAAGACAAAUCAUUGAUACGUACGAUGAAUUCGGCAAAGUAAUUUCAACCCAUACUGUGGAUAAAUAACUGCUGUGUCCGUAACAGCUAUACCCUUCAAUACAAUAUCUGCUCGAGCAAAAUGGGCUCCUACCAGCUUCCUAGAUCUAUAUUUUCUUCUUGUAAUGGGACUGGGUUAGACUGCACAGUUGAUGACAUGGGGUAUACAUGUGUGUAAUCAUACACCUAGUUUUAUUUGCUAAUGCUCCAAUCAUUACUUGUUUUGAAAAAAAAUGUUUUCCUUAUUGGCUGCAUGUUACACACAUGUACACGCAACGGCCAUACUUAAAAUCCAUGUGGGUUUUUUUCUCCUGUAACAUUAUAUUGGUCCAUGUUUCAAGGCUCACUUUAUUUUCCCCUUCUGUCUGCUUGAUUAUCAAAAUAAAUAUGUUUUGCAAUGUA